AAAGCGAAAGUGAGAGAAUGGAUGUUGCGAGUGAGAGGGACGACAGUCACAAGGAGAGUAGUGAGCGUAUGGAGGCUGAGGGUGACGGUGAGUUGGGUGAUAGUUUUGACGAGGGUGAGAGUGAACACGAGAGGGGAGUGAUUGUUGGUGGGCAUGUAGAGGCAGUGCCAGAGAGUGCACGUGGGGCUGAUGCUCUGGCAGCAGCAACAGCGGCAGGGACAACAGCAGCAACAGUAGCAGGAGCAGCAGCGACAGUGGCAGAAGCAGAAGUGCUUGUGUCAGUGGCACCUGAAGAAGACACACCCGGCGCGAAGUCUGGCGAACCAGCUGAGUCUGCGGUGACACCAGCAGCAGCAGCGCCAGCAGGAGUAGCAGCAGCGCCAGCAGCAGCAGCAGCACCAUCAACGGCAGCAGUAGCAGCAGCACCACCACCAGCAACGGCAGCAGUAGCAGCAGCGCCAGCAGCAGCAGCACCACCAGCAACGGCAGCAGUAGCAGCAGCGCCAGUAGCAGCAGCACCACCACCAGCAACGGCAGCAGUAGCAGCAUCAGCUGUACCACCAGCAACGGCAGCAGUAGCAGCAUCAGCUGUACCACCAGCAACGGCAGCAGUAGCAGCAUCAGCUGUACCACCAGCAACGGCAGCAGUAGCAGCAUCAGCUGUACCACCAGCAACGGCAGCAGUAGCAGCAUCAGCUGUACCUGCUACAACAGCUGAAGCUCGCAUGGUCGGGGCUGCUGAUACCUCAAAGUCAGCUGACGUGGCAAUGGCUGCUGCAGUUCCGAAGGCUGCAGACGUGGCAAGACCUGCUGACGUGGCCAAAGCUGCUGCUGUGGCAAGGGCUGCUGACAUGUCACUAGCAGCGCUGAUGGCUCGGACGCCUGAUGCCCGACCGGUGACGCCGGUGCAGCGCAGGACAUGGCUGGACGUGCUGCAGAGCCACGCGGUGCUGUCAGAACUGCGCAGGACAUGGCUGGACGUGCUGCAGAGCCACGCGGUGCUGUCAGAACUGAUGACCGAUGAGGACAUGGGUGCUCUCCAGUUCCUAUGCUCCGUUGACUUCUUCAAGUCGCAACACAGCAUGGACUUCCGGGUGGACUUUCUAUUUGAUGCAAAUCCAUUCUUCACCAACGCAUAUCUGAGUCGCGUCUUCGCUGUGGCGAGAAACCCUAAGGCUGAUCCGAUCAUCAUGGCCAUCCAUUGCACUCCCAUCGCCUGGCAGCCCGGCAGAGACCUCACCAAGCGCCGCAAGGGGUGGUUUGGCUGGGCGGCUUCCAGCGUUGACAAGCGCAGCUUCUUUACUCUGUUUGCCUCGCGAUCUGAGCUCUCUGCUUCAGAAGCCAAUGAGGAAGCAGUGCGCAUGAAGAUGCUGGAAGAGGCUGCUCUCACCAACGGACUGCUGCAGUCGUCAGAUGGCCACGUGGUGUCUAGCCUGCUAAGAUGGUACACUGUGAAGUCGCUGGGGGGGGAAGUGGAGGAGGAGGAGGAGCGGGAGGAGAAUGAGGAGGAGGAGGAGGAGGAGGAGGAGGAAGAAGGGGGGGAAGUAGAGGAAGAAGCAGAGGAAGACAAGGAAGAGGUGGAGCAGGAGAAAGAAGAAUUGGGGAGCACUGGAGGUAGAGGGAGCGGUGAAAAACAUGAACCUUCUAUGAUGCCGUUCAGGAGUAUGAGUGGUGAGGAGAGAGAGAAGGGAGGGAGGGAAGUGAGGGAAGGAGAGGAGGAGGUGGCGCAAGGAGGAGUCGAAGCGAGUCAAAGAGAGGAGGACGCGAGGGAAGGCGCAGGAGGCACAAGCACAGAGGCGGAAGCAGACCGUGUGGAGUUGGAAGAGGCAGCUGCGGCUGCUGAGGCUGGACAGACGGUCUGGAGGGAGGAGGAAGAGGAGGCAAAGGAGGAUGCAGAUGAGGAAGAGGAGGAGGCAAAGGAGGAUGAGGAAGAGGAGGAGGAGGCGGAGGAGGAGGCGGAGCUUGGAAUGCUUGUAGAGCGAGUGGUGGAGGGGGAAGAGGAGGAGGCAGAGGAGGAAGAGGAGGAGGCGGAGGAGGCGGAGCUUGGAAUGCUUGUAGAGCGAGUGGUGGAGGGGGAAGAGGAGGACGCAGAGGAGGAAGAGGAGGAGGCGGAGGAGGAGGCGGAACUUGGAAUGCUUGUAGAGCGAGUGGUGGAGGGGGAAGAGGAGGAGGCAGAGGAGGAAGAGGAGGAGGCGGAGGAGGAGGCGGAGCUUGGAAUGCUUGUAGAGCGAGUGGUGGAGGGGGAAGAGGAGGACGCAGAGGAGGAAGAGGAGGAGGCGGAGGAGGAGGCGGAACUUGGAAUGCUUGUAGAGCGAGUGGUGGAGGGGGAAGAGGAGGAGGCAGAGGAGGAAGAGGAGGAGGCGGAGGAGGAGGCGGAGCUUGGAAUGCUUGUAGAGCGAGUGGUGGACGUGAGUGCGGGCGUGGAGAGGGCAGAGUGGCACACGGAGAACGCCCCGGGAGGAGUAGAGGAAGCAGAGGCAGAGGCAGCUGUGUGUAUGAUGCCUGUGCCUGUGGUGGCCAUGGCAGCAGGAAUGGGUAUCGAGGGGGGGAGAGACGAGAGAGGGAGGGGGCAGAGUGAGACGGAGGGGAGUGACGUUGAAAGGGAAGUGUGGGCAAGUGAGAGGACUGCAACCAUCGAAAUGGAGGGCGAGCGAAUGACGGCUGAAGAUGAGAGAUUGUUGGCUGGUAUCGAGCGUGAGGGGAGUGGCGAUGUGUACAAGGGGAGUGGCAGUGGGGUGAGCAGUGACGAUUUGAGUUUUGAGGCGCGUCAGUACAAGGGGAGUGGUAGCAAUGUUAGGGGGGGGGACGAUCUGCGAAGCUCCACUAGUAGCGUUGGGGACAUGCCAGGCAUGCUGACGGGAUCAGGCGUGGGAGGGGGAAGAGGAGAGGCAGGUGGAGGGGGAAGAGGAGAGGUGGGUAGAGGGGGAAGAGAGGAGAUAGAAAUGCAAGUCAAGGGGGGUCAGGAGCAGGCACGAGGGGAGGGAGAACGGGAGGUGGGGAGGUACGGCCAGCAUCUGUUGGACAGUGAAGAGGAGGGGGAGGGAGGAGGGCGGUCAUGGGUGGGGGUCGGUAGUGUGGCCAAGAGGGGUGGGAAAGAGGGCUGUGCCAGGCGAUCAUCGAGAGAUGAGGGGAGUGAGGGAGGGAGUGAGGGGGUGAGUGAGGGAGUGAGCGAGGUAGGGAGUGAGGUAUGGAGUGAGGGGGGGAGUGUGGGGGGCAGCAGUGGGCAGGGGAGUUCAGUGGAGGGCGAGCUAGCGGACCUGAUGCAUGCAGUGGACGGCAAGCCAUACCCCUUCUGGCAUGCUGUGGCCGCUACAGGCAGGGCGGGCCUAGAGGGCCUAGAAGGUCGAGAGGGUCGAGAGGACCUAGAGGGCCUAGAGGCGCCUCAGAAGGAUGCUACAGGUUGGCCGGGGGGUCAGAGCUUGGCUCAAGUGCGGACUCAGCCUGCUACAGACGGCGGUAUGCAGAUGGAGGGCGCUACAAGUGGGGGCUAUGUGGCACAUGCGAUGGAUGGUAUGCCAUUCAAUGCCGCCGCCGCCGCAGGGGCUGCCGUGCGUGCUGAGAGUCUUCCCCAUGCUGGCGUUGCUUCUGUCUCAGCUGCCGCUGCUGGUUCUCGUGCAGCAACGCCAAUGCCUGGUGUGCAUGUCACUGCUUCUUCUUCUUCUUCUGCUCCUGCUGCUGCUGCUGCUGCUGCAUUCUCGCGAGCAGGAACACCCAUGCCAGGAGUGCAUGCUGCUGGUUUACCUCCUCCUGCUCCUGCUCCUCCUGCCGCUCACCCUGCAAUGCUUUCCCGCUCCACAACUCCCAUGCCUGGACUGCAUGCUGCUGCUGCAUCUCCUCCUCGUCCUCCUCUUCCUCCUGCUGCUGCUUCUCAUGCUGCAGUGCCUGCAUCAUUUUCCCGUGCAUCAACGCCCAUGCCGGGUGUCUACGCUGCCCCCUUGCCUCCUGCUGCUGUCGCCUCGUCUGCUUCUGCUGUGGGCUCUCGCACAGUAACGCCCAUGCCAGGGGUCUACCUUCCGCCUGCUGCUGCUGCUGCUCUUCCUCCCCACCCUCCCCACCCUGCUGCUACUCACUCCAGUCCUUCUCGUGCGUUCUCCCGCACAGCAACGCCCAUGCCGGGAAUCCAUGCUGCUGCAUCUGCUGCUGUCCCUGCAACUGCUACUAGUGCACCUGCUCUCUCCCGCACAGCAACGCCCAUGCCUGGAAUCCAUGCUGCUGCAUCAGAUUCCGUUGCUCCUGCGUCUGCUCCUGUCUUUCCACCUGCCUCUGCUGCACCUGCUCUCUCCCGCAUGGGAACGCCCAUGCCAGGAGAUGCCGUUGCUGCCGCCCCACACCCCCCUCCUGCUGCUGCUCUGGCUGUAGCUCCUGUAUCGUUCUCCAGAGCGGUAACGCCAAUGCCUGGUGUCUAUGAUGCCUCGUACCCAGCGUCUGCUGCUGCUGCUGCUGCUGCUGCUGCCCCCCCUCCUCCUGCUGCUGCAGAUCCUGCAUCAUUUUCUAGGGCAGAGACGCCUAUGCCAGGCGUCUACGACGCCUCGUCGUACCCAGCUGCUGCUGCUGCGGCUGCUGCUGCUGCUCCUCCUCCUCCUGCUGCUGCUGCUGUUGCAUCUCUUGCUUCCUCCCGGGCAGUAACACCAAUGCCCGGUGUUGGUGUUACUCCAGCUACGCCAAUGCCAGGCAUGGGUGAGCAAAGCAGGCAGCACGCAAGCGCAUUUCCCCCCAGGGGCCACUCGCGAGGAGCAACUGAGGGGGCUGCCUUUUUCACCCAUGCUGCGGGGCACUCAGGGAUCCAAACUGCAGGGCACCGCAAUUCCCACAGCCAGGCAAGGAGCCACAGCCGCAGCCAGAGCCACAGUCAGAGCCAGGGGGGGUGGGCUGGUGCCCACACGCAUACUCGAGUUAGUGCUGCAGGUGCAGGUGGUGCUGCUCAGGGGGUUUGGGCUGGCAUGGAGGGGCCAGGCGCAUCCCUGGCACGUGCUGCUGUGAGCAUGUGUUUUGAUGGUAACGUACUUGACCACUCCCAACCCCAUGCCCACUCUCGCGCCCGCUCCCACUCCUACUCCCGCGCCCACGCCCACUCUUACAACCUCGGCCACAGCAACGACUUUUAUCGCGACCAGGGGCGUUUGCAGAACUCGGAGACGGACGAGGAGGAGGAAGAGAGGCCGUGGCUGCGUAUCAAGCCCCGUGCCACUCAAACCGGCACCGAGCGCAGUGGCCAGCCUGGCAGGCAGCACAGCUUGCAGCAGAGCCGGCAGCAGAGCCGGCAGCAGAGCACGAGCAGCGUCAGCAGCCGGCAUACCAACAGGACAGAGAGUAUCCUGUGGCCCGCAACUGCACCCAGUUUUGGUGCCGCCGUCGCUCCUGCUGCUGCUGCUACUGCUGCUGGUGGUAGCAUUGCUGCUGCGAGUGGUACUGCUUUGAGGCAGAACUAGGGGAUCUGAUGGAUGCCUUGGAUGGGGAGCUCUCUCCCUUCUGGACUGCCCAUAACAGUGUGGGGAGCUUGGGCAGCGUUGGAGGGGGCAGGACUGGCAGCAUUGGCAGCGUUGGGAGUAG